GUGGAGGCCGCGCGAUCCCCUCCGCGCGCGCUCUCGCCGGGGUCGCGGGACAAAGCUCGCCCCUUUUGCCCGGCACCCCCACAGUCGCCCUCCCAAUUUCAGCGCUUGCAACAAUAGGCAGGCGUUGGGGCUUUUCUGGCUGCGUGGUAGCGGGUCAGACCCGAAUGUUGCCUUUUUGGCGAAGCUGCGAUUGGGGCUCGGUAGCCAAAUCUCCAGAUAUGUCCGGCGUCGACCGGACACGGGCAUUAGCGGUCCCCUUGGGCUAGCCGACCUGAAAUUGUCUUAAAAACGCGUCAUUCCAGAUUUUCAAGGAAAGCAGGAGGUCACUAUUUGCUGCUCCUGUGAAGAUGUCCACUCCAGACCCACCCCUGGGCGGAACUCCUCGGCCGGGUCCUUCCCCAGGCCCUGGCCCUUCCCCUGGAGCCAUGCUGGGUCCUAGCCCGGGUCCGUCACCGGGCUCCGCCCACAGCAUGAUGGGGCCCAGCCCAGGGCCCCCCUCAGCAGGACACCCCAUCCCCACCCAGGGGCCUGGAGGGUACCCUCAGGACAACAUGCACCAGAUGCACAAGCCCAUGGAGUCCAUGCACGAGAAGGGCAUGUCGGACGACCCACGCUACAACCAGAUGAAAGGAAUGGGGAUGCGGUCCGGCGGCCACGCUGGGAUGGGGCCCCCGCCCAGCCCCAUGGACCAGCACUCGCAAGGUUACCCCUCGCCCCUGGGUGGCUCUGAGCAUGCCUCUAGUCCAGUUCCAGCCAGUGGCCCAUCUUCAGGUCCCCAGAUGUCUUCCGGCCCAGGAGGGGCCCCACUGGAUGGUGCCGACCCCCAGGCCUUGGGGCAGCAGAACCGGGGCCCAACCCCAUUUAACCAGAACCAGCUGCACCAGCUCAGAGCUCAGAUCAUGGCCUACAAGAUGCUGGCCAGGGGGCAGCCCCUCCCUGACCACCUGCAGAUGGCCGUGCAGGGCAAGCGGCCGAUGCCUGGGAUGCAGCAGCAGAUGCCAACGCUACCUCCACCCUCGGUGUCCGCUACAGGACCCGGCCCUGGCCCUGGCCCUGGCCCCGGCCCUGGCCCUGGCCCGGCACCACCAAAUUACAGCAGGCCUCAUGGUAUGGGAGGGCCGAACAUGCCCCCACCAGGACCCUCAGGUGUGCCCCCUGGGAUGCCGGGCCAGCCUCCUGGAGGGCCCCCCAAGCCCUGGCCUGAAGGACCCAUGGCAAAUGCUGCUGCCCCCACGAGCACCCCCCAGAAGCUGAUCCCCCCUCAGCCAACAGGCCGCCCUUCCCCUGCGCCCCCUGCUGUCCCACCUGCCGCCUCGCCUGUGAUGCCACCCCAGACCCAGUCCCCCGGGCAGCCGGCCCAACCUGCGCCCAUGGUGCCACUCCACCAGAAGCAGAGCCGCAUCACCCCCAUCCAGAAGCCUCGGGGCCUCGACCCUGUGGAGAUCCUGCAGGAGCGCGAGUACAGGCUGCAGGCUCGCAUCGCACACCGAAUUCAGGAACUUGAAAACCUUCCCGGGUCCCUGGCCGGGGAUUUGCGAACCAAAGCGACCAUUGAGCUCAAGGCCCUCAGGCUGCUGAACUUCCAGAGGCAGCUCCGCCAGGAAGUGGUGGUGUGCAUGCGGAGGGACACGGCGCUCGAGACGGCCCUCAAUGCCAAGGCCUACAAGCGCAGCAAGCGCCAGUCCCUGCGUGAGGCCCGCAUCACUGAGAAGCUGGAGAAGCAGCAGAAGAUAGAGCAGGAGCGCAAGCGCCGGCAGAAGCACCAGGAAUACCUCAAUAGCAUUCUCCAGCAUGCCAAGGAUUUCAAGGAAUAUCACAGAUCGGUCACAGGCAAAAUUCAGAAGCUCACCAAGGCAGUGGCCACUUACCACGCCAACACGGAGCGGGAGCAGAAGAAAGAGAAUGAGCGGAUCGAGAAGGAGCGCAUGCGGAGGCUCAUGGCUGAAGAUGAGGAGGGGUAUCGCAAGCUCAUCGACCAGAAGAAGGACAAGCGCCUGGCCUACCUCUUGCAGCAGACAGACGAGUACGUGGCUAACCUCACAGAGCUGGUGCGGCAGCACAAGGCCGCUCAGGUCGCCAAGGAAAAAAAGAAGAAAAAGAAAAAGAAGAAGGCAGAAAACGCAGAAGGACAGACACCUGCUAUUGGGCCGGAUGGUGAGCCUCUGGAUGAGACCAGCCAGAUGAGCGACCUCCCGGUGAAAGUGAUCCACGUGGAGAGCGGGAAGAUCCUCACGGGCACAGACGCCCCCAAAGCUGGGCAACUGGAGGCCUGGCUGGAAAUGAACCCGGGGUAUGAGGUAGCUCCGAGGUCUGAUAGUGAAGAAAGUGGCUCAGAAGAAGAGGAAGAGGAGGAGGAGGAGGAGCAGCCACAGGCAGCGCAGCCUCCCACCCUGCCCGUGGAGGAGAAGAAGAAGAUUCCAGAUCCAGACAGUGACGACGUCUCUGAGGUGGACGCAAGGCACAUCAUUGAGUAUCUGUCCUUGCAGAUCAAAGGCUUGGAGUGGCUGGUGUCCCUGUACAACAACAACCUGAACGGCAUCCUGGCCGACGAGAUGGGCCUGGGGAAGACCAUCCAGACCAUUGCGCUCAUCACGUACCUCAUGGAGCACAAACGCAUCAAUGGGCCCUUCCUCAUCAUCGUGCCUCUCUCAACGCUGUCCAACUGGGCGUAUGAGUUCGACAAGUGGGCCCCCUCCGUGGUGAAGGUGUCCUACAAGGGAUCCCCGGCCGCAAGACGGGCCUUUGUCCCCCAGCUCCGGAGCGGGAAGUUCAACGUCUUGCUGACGACGUAUGAGUACAUCAUCAAAGACAAGCACAUCCUCGCCAAGAUCCGUUGGAAGUACAUGAUCGUGGACGAAGGUCACCGCAUGAAGAACCAUCACUGCAAGCUGACACAGGUGCUCAACACGCACUACGUGGCGCCCCGCCGCCUGCUGCUGACGGGCACGCCGCUGCAGAACAAGCUCCCCGAGCUCUGGGCGCUGCUCAACUUCCUGCUGCCCACCAUCUUCAAGAGCUGCAGCACCUUCGAGCAGUGGUUCAAUGCACCGUUUGCCAUGACCGGGGAAAAGGUGGACCUGAAUGAGGAGGAAACCAUUCUCAUCAUCCGGCGUCUCCACAAAGUGCUGCGGCCCUUCCUGCUCCGACGGCUCAAGAAGGAAGUCGAAGCCCAGUUGCCCGAAAAGGUGGAGUAUGUCAUCAAGUGCGACAUGUCUGCGCUGCAGCGAGUGCUCUACCGCCACAUGCAGGCCAAGGGCGUGCUGCUGACCGACGGCUCUGAGAAGGACAAGAAGGGCAAAGGUGGCACCAAGACCCUGAUGAAUACCAUCAUGCAGCUGCGGAAGAUCUGCAACCACCCCUACAUGUUCCAGCACAUCGAGGAAUCCUUUUCUGAACACUUGGGGUUCACUGGUGGCAUCGUCCAAGGGCUGGACCUGUACCGAGCCUCGGGUAAAUUUGAGCUUCUCGAUAGAAUUCUUCCCAAACUCCGAGCAACCAACCACAAAGUGCUGCUGUUCUGCCAGAUGACCUCCCUCAUGACCAUCAUGGAAGAUUACUUUGCGUAUCGCGGCUUUAAAUACCUCAGACUUGAUGGAACCACGAAGGCAGAGGACCGAGGCAUGCUGCUGAAAACCUUCAACGAGCCUGGCUCCGAGUACUUCAUCUUCCUGCUCAGCACCCGAGCUGGGGGGCUCGGCCUGAAUCUCCAGUCGGCUGACACUGUGAUCAUUUUCGACAGCGACUGGAAUCCUCACCAGGACCUGCAAGCGCAGGACCGAGCCCACCGCAUCGGGCAGCAAAACGAGGUGCGCGUACUCCGCCUCUGCACAGUCAACAGUGUGGAGGAAAAGAUCCUGGCCGCGGCCAAGUACAAGCUCAAUGUGGACCAGAAGGUGAUCCAGGCCGGCAUGUUCGACCAGAAGUCCUCCAGCCACGAGCGGCGCGCCUUCCUGCAGGCCAUCCUGGAGCACGAGGAGCAGGACGAGAGUAGACACUGCAGCACGGGCAGCGGCAGUGCCAGCUUCGCCCACACUGCCCCUCCGCCAGCGGGCGUCAACCCCGACUUGGAGGAGCCACCUCUAAAGGAGGAAGAUGAGGUGCCCGAUGAUGAGACUGUCAACCAGAUGAUCGCCCGGCACGAGGAGGAGUUUGACCUGUUCAUGCGCAUGGACCUGGAUCGCAGACGUGAGGAGGCCCGCAACCCCAAGCGGAAGCCGCGCCUCAUGGAGGAGGACGAGCUCCCCUCAUGGAUCAUCAAGGACGACGCAGAGGUGGAGCGGCUGACCUGUGAGGAGGAGGAGGAGAAGAUGUUCGGCCGUGGCUCCCGCCACCGCAAGGAGGUGGACUACAGCGACUCACUGACGGAGAAGCAGUGGCUCAAGAAAAUGACAGGAAAAGAUAUCCAUGACACAGCCAGCAGUGCGGCACGGGGGCUACAAUUCCAGCGUGGCCUUCAGUUCUGCACACGUGCGUCAAAGGCCAUCGAGGAGGGCACGCUGGAGGAGAUCGAAGAGGAGGUCCGGCAGAAGAAAUCGUCACGGAAGCGCAAGCGAGACAGUGACGCCGGCUCCUCCACCCCGACCACCAGCACCCGCAGCCGUGACAAGGACGAUGAGAGCAAGAAGCAGAAGAAGCGCGGGCGGCCUCCCGCUGAGAAGCUCUCCCCAAAUCCACCCAACCUCACCAAGAAGAUGAAGAAGAUCGUGGAUGCCGUGAUCAAGUACAAGGACAGCAGCAGUGGACGGCAGCUGAGCGAGGUCUUCAUCCAGCUGCCCUCUCGAAAGGAGCUGCCCGAGUACUACGAGCUCAUCCGCAAGCCCGUGGACUUCAAGAAGAUAAAGGAGCGCAUCCGCAACCACAAGUACCGCAGCCUCAACGACCUGGAGAAGGACGUCAUGCUGCUGUGCCAGAACGCGCAGACCUUCAACCUGGAGGGCUCCCUGAUCUAUGAAGACUCCAUCGUCCUGCAGUCGGUCUUCACCAGCGUACGGCAGAAAAUUGAGAAGGAAGAUGACAGCGAAGGCGAGGAGAGUGAGGAGGAGGAAGAGGGCGAGGAGGAAGGCUCCGAAUCUGAGUCUCGAUCUGUCAAAGUGAAGAUCAAGCUUGGCCGGAAGGAGAAGACACAGGACCGGCUGAAGGGCAGCCGGCGGCGGCCGAGCCGAGGAUCCCGAGCCAAGCCGGUCGUAAGUGACGACGACAGUGAGGAGGAACAAGAGGAGGACCGCUCAGGAAGUGGCAGUGAGGAAGACUGAACCCCGACAUUCCAGUCUCGACCCCGAGCCCCUCGUUCCAGAGCCAAGAUGGCGUAGGCCUUAGCAGUAACGGGUAGCAACAGACGUAGUUUCAGACUUGGGAUAAAACUGUAUAAACAAAAGAAUCUUCCAUAUUUAUACGGCAGAGAAGCUGUAGGACUGUUUGUGACUCGCCCCGUCCUGGCAUCAGUAGCGUUUGUAACAGCAUUAACUGUCUAAAGAGAGAGAGAGAGAAUUCUGAAUUGGGAACACACGAUACCUGUUUUUCUUUUCCUUUCCUGGCAGUACUGUCGCGCCGCAGUUUGGAGUCACUGUAGUUCAGCGUGGAUGCAUGUGCGUCACCGUCCACUCCUCGUACUGUAUUUUACUGGACAGGUCAGACUCGCUGGAGUCCAGCGAGGGUAUGUCAGUGUCACUGGAUGUCAAUCAGUAAUAAAUUAAACCAACAACAAAACGCA